AUGAAUUCAUUAAGAGCAAGCAAAUUUAUAUUAAAGAGAAAUCCAACGUCUAACUUAAGAUACUAUAGCUGUAUGUGCAACAGUAAAGAACUUAGAAAAUAUGAAUACACGACUUUUCAAAGCAACAUUUUUCAGAAUCCAGUAUUUACACCAAAGUAUAGUCGAUACAAGCAGUUCUCCACUGAAAGUAUUGUUAAAUGGCAGCAAGAAAUGUAUAAUAACAUAUCAAAUAGUAGUUUAGUACAUUAUAUGCAAGAUGGUUUAAUCUAUUAUCAUGAAAUUACUGGUUUAUCCUGGUGGGCCACCAUAGUCACUGCUACCAUUUUAAUUCGUUGCAUAAUGACUUUACCGUUUAGUAUUUAUCAAAAUUAUAUACUGGCAAAAGUGGAAAAUAUAAGUAUAGAAUUGAAAGAUAUGGGUGAUGAGCUAAAGAAAGAAACGGCAAUAGCAAAAAAAAUGUUCAACUUAUCAGACAAACAAACAAUAAUUUUGUACAAGAGAUCCAUUAAAAAGCAGUGGCAGAAUCUUAUAGUUAGAGACAAUUGUCAUCCAUUUAAAGCUAGUUUAUUAAUAUGGUUUCAAAUUCCAAUAUGGGUCUGCAUGUCUUUUGCUCUAAGAAAUUUAGUUUAUAUGCAAUCAGGAGAUCCUGCUGCUUUAGUUACAUUCAUGGAAUUGUCAGUAGGUGGCAUAGGUUGGAUACCUAAUUUAACAGAACCUGAUCAUUCUUGGAUAUUACCUGUUGCAUUUGGAUUAACUAAUUUAACUAUAAUAGAAAUUCAAAGAAUGUCUAAAUUGAGGGAACCUUCAAAAAUAUAUAAUGUGUUUACUAAUAUCUUUAGAGGAUUUUCCAUAAUGAUGAUACCUGUGGCAGCAAGUGUUCCAUCAUGUAUGUGCUUAUAUUGGAUAACUUCAAGUGGAGUUGGUCUCAUACAUAAUUUGAUCCUGAUUUCCCCAACUGUAAGAAGAAAGCUUAAGAUACCAGAAGCACCAUCCGAACUUGAUAAUCCCUAUAAACAUAUAAAAGAAGAAAUAUUGGAAAAAUACAAUAGAAUUUUAAACAAAAAGAAAUAA